UACAAAUGCUGAAAAAUAAAAACAGUGUCAUAGGGAUACUAAUUUAACCGCUGAUUAAGCAAGAAAAUCACGUCCGGUUGAAUCAAAAACAAAAAAUACAUCGCUCGAAAAAAAUAAGCAAAAUAUCAGAUUUACUACGUCUUAAACCUAAUUUUAGAAAGUCGAAACGUCACCGUUUUAACUCUGAUGUUCAAUUCCCGGGAUCCGAGCCAGACAACGUUUCAGUUCAGUUUUAACAUCUCUCGACGCCGAAUUUCUUAGUUUUGCCUAAAGUCGCCCUUUUGUCGCCCCUUUUUUUUAACCGCCCAUCGAAAAUGGUUUACGAUUCCGAUUUUUAUACUACCAGGAGGCCCUACCGCUCUUCGCCCGCCUACUCCUCGUAUACAACUUCGUUCGAGCCUUCCCGUCAAGUGAGGAUUCUUCCAGGUUUGGGAAAGGUUCACGUCGUGCAUUCUUACGAUCGUAUCGUACCAUAUGUGGGGCACAAAAGGUUGACCGUCGUAACGACACCUCCGAAAGUGUUUUCCACGCGUCCAUCGGUUUUGCAACGGGAAUACGAUUGGAUCGAACGCAAAGUCCGUCCUAGUGUUGGUUACUCGGCAACCAAUCGCUACCUUAACUCCGAUUCGGCUGUGCGAAUUUAUUACUCAAGCUACCCAAUCUCUUCGAGCUAUUACACAACCUUAAGUCUGCCCAGUAGCUCGUACUACCCCAAGCUUUACAGAUGGUAUUACGACUGGGCCAGAACAUAUACUAGCUAUUUGCCUGAUAGUUACUCUUACUGGCCAAGAAGCUAUUAUUCCAGUUACUACUCGCCUAGCUCAUACUUCUAUUGGCCCUAUUAUAGGUCGUAUUUGAGCAGCUAUUUUAGGAACUACUAUCUGAGCCAUUUGCCCUCGCUUUACUAUAAAUCCCUGGACUACGAAUUUAGCGACCUUGAGAAUAAGAUAGACAACUUGAGCAAAAUGAUCUACAUUAAUUACCCUUAUCGAACACUCGACUAUUACCCCGAAUCGACAAGAAUUUAUCGACCUCUAACCCUCUAUUAUAACUACUAUUAUCCAGUGAGAAGCCUCAACUACUAUUCCGACGUCUGGCCAUACUAUCCUUAUUACAGAUACUUGUAUUACAAGUACACUUUGCCGUCUGAUAGAUACUAUCAUUUAAAGGGUAGAAUAAUUUAUCUUCCAAGUCCAAUAACUGGUUCUACUUACCGGAUUUACCCAACAGCUUCUUAUGUAAGACACAGAAUUUACAAGCCUUUGAGCUUAUACUGCGAUUACUAUGAGCCAAUUAGAGCAUUAUACUGGAACAGCUCUUAUUGGCCUCUUUAUCGCUCAGCCAGUUCUUUUCGAGAUGAACUUCCUAGCCGUGCAGGAAGUAAACUGCAAAAAAUAUUCGAUAGCGAGACAAGUCUUAUUCGGGCGCAGACUUCCGCGUUAUUAAGGAGAAUUCACGACCCUGUACCUCGCGUACAAAGGUUGAGCUGGCCUUUAUCAACGGUCUCUAGGCACUACGAUGAUCCUAUUCCUGCGAGGUACAGUAGUGACGCGUACAUCAAUAAAAUACUCGUGAGUUCUCCUUAUAACAGCAAAGUUAGUUACACCACUUACUCUACUGAACCUAUUAGAAAAUAUAUUGGACUUGGUCGGCUAUCUUGUGUAUCAUAUGCAGGCGGCAGGGCGUAUGACAGAAGACCUCACAUCUAUCUCUAUGAAAAUCCUCUGCAAAGUGACAUUCAGCUGCUAAGCUAUUACAUCAACAAGUUCAAGCAGGAAAAGACCUACAGCAGUGACUCUACCAAAUUGGCCCUCUCACCUGCUCGUCCCACCCGUAAGUUUGGUGCUAAAGGUAAUACCGAAGCAGAUGCAAAACAAGAUGAAGAAAUGCAAAAACUACGCGAAGCAAGAGCAGCAAGGUUGGCAUUUAUCAAUGAAGAAGAGAAGCACAAAGGAUCUAAAGAGGUUGACGAAGCCGUUAGAGUGAAAAAGGAGAAGGAAGAAGCUGCUAGGUUAGCAGAAGAAAGAGCAUUAGCAGAAGAACAAGCUCGCCAAGAAGCCCUUGCCAAGGAGGCAGCAAAAAAAGCGGAAAUUGCAAGGAAGGAAGAGUUAGCUGCCAAAGCCGCAGCUGAAAAGGCAGCUGAACUAGAAAGACAAGCAGAGCUAGCUAGACAAGCGGAAGCUGAAAAGCAGGCUGAGCUUGAAAGAAGAAGGCAAGAAGAGGAAAAAGAAAAAGCUCGUCUAGAAGAACAAAAACGACUUGAAGCAGAAAAAGCAGAAGAGGCCCUUCAAGCUCAAUUGAGACUGGAAGAGAUUGCUCGUAAAGCCGAGGAGGAAAGAGAAGCAGAACUCGCUCGACAAGCCGAAGAGCUUGCCGAACUUGCGAGACAAGAGGCUGAGUUAGCCGAGCAAGCGAAGAAAGAAGCGGAGGCAGAGGAAAAUAGGCGUCAAGAAGCUGAACUCGAGGAACUAAAACGUCAAGAAGAAGAACUCGCCGAAUUGGAACGGCAAGAACAAGAAUUAGCUGAAGCAGCACGACAAGAAGCGGAAUUAGCAGAAAAAGCGAAAGAGGAUGCCGAAGCGGCAAGACGCGAGGCUGAAGAAGCUGAACUUGCAAAACAAGAAGCUGAAUUAGAAGAGCUUGAAAGAGCGCAGGCUGAGCUGGAUGCGCUAGAAGAAGAAGCCAAAGCAAUGGAAUCUGAUCUUGGACCUUCAAAGGAAGAGCCAAUCGAACCAGAAGUGGAUGAAGCUGAAUUAGCCAGACAAGCUGAGGAAGAAGAGCUACGCCGCCAGGACGAAGAGAUAGCCGAACUGGAAAGAGCUCAAGCUGAACUUGAUGCACUUGAAGCUGAAGCUAAAGCAAUGGAAGACGACUUAGGACCAUCAGUGAUUGAUCCACAAGAUGAAGAUGAAGAUGAUCAGGCUAUUGCUGAAGACGUGCCCGGAGAGCAGUCUGAUGAAGAAUAAAAUUAAUAAUUUUAAUUAUAUACAUUUUAUAAUAUUUUUUUAUUUUUUAUUUCAAAAGAUCGUUUUGUAUUUCAUUAUGUACAUAACUGUUAUUUUUAUUAUUGGAUUUAUAUGAUAUCUAUAAUAUUGUUGUUGUGUUUGUCAAUUUAGUAAGUAAACUCUUGUUGUGUUGUCAAAGUGCA